UCUUUAGUUCAGUAGGGUUACGAAGCUUUUGAAGUGCAGUUCGAAAAAAAGUAGACAAUAAGGAUAAUCAGAGAAUAUAUAUAACAAUAUAAAAAUAUAUAUGUAAAUUCUACAGAGAAAAUAAGGAUACAUGCAGUUUUAAAAGUGUACAGAAAAAGAAACAUAAAAGUGUACCUAUAGAUCAAAAGAACUUAACAAAAUUGUAUAGACAACAGAAAAGGUGUGCAAUAAGACUUAAAACUUUGUUAAAAGAAUAAAGGCGUAAAGGCAAAUAAAGAAAAAAAAGUACAGGAUGUCCUCAAGAAGAACAAAAGCAAUAGCCAAUUUGAUAAGUCAGUCAAAACUGUUCGCUAACACAGAAGCUUUCCAAUCAAUGAAAACAUUCGAGGCAAAAUUAAAAUACGAUGCACUAUGGGAGGAUUGGUUAAAAUACCAAAUCCUUUCCGAUGACAUAAUGGAUGUGUUCAAUAAAAAGGCGCUGCCCAAACUCUUAAAUGAUUUUGAAGAGGUUCGUAAAGACUUCUUUAGCUCUGCUGCAGCUAUGCAGGAAAAGGCAAGACAGUUCGAUUUGGAAAAUACAUGGGGUGAAUUUGAUGGUGACUACACCAAAUGGAUAGACUUUCGUGAGAAAUUCAAAACCGCCAUUCACGAUAAUAACAAUUUAACUAUACCAAUGAAGUUUUUUUAUCUGAGGAAAUCACUUGUAGAUGAAGCUGCUAUAACGCUAGAAGAAUGGCAGAUGACAGCGGAGGAUUACGAUGAAGCCUGGGAUCGAUUGGACCAAAUUUAUAACAAUCAGUACAUGAUGACACGUGGGUUUAUACAGCAACUUUUCGACUUACCGGACAUAUUGAAUACAGUGGAAGCUCCGAUGCUCCAGAGUAUGGUAGAUACUACUCGGGAAGUAUUAAAGCAGCUAAGGAAGCUAGGUCUAGACGUCCAAUAUUGGGACUUUUUUGUCAUCCACAUCUUAUGGGGAAAAUUAGACGUGGAGACAGCUAGGGAGUGGCAUAUGAAGUGUGCAGAGAGACUCUGGGGGUUCCAAAACCGCCUGGAUAAGCUGAAACUAUCGACUUUUCUAGCUUUCAUAGACGACAGGAUAGCAAAAUUGUCGACAGGUGAUGGUCAACAGAGGGUCGUCGAAGAAGAACCACAAGAUGAGAGAGAAGUCCGCUGGGACAGUAUACAAAGUACAGGAUCAGCUCAAUGCAGCAUCAGCAGCAAAAUGAGCAGGUAUUUUGAGCAUGUGCCAGUUUAUCAUAUACAGGAAGGGUUUGAAAAUCAUACAGAAGAAAGAAGAGAAGUUCGCAGGAACAGUAUACAAAGUACAGGAUCAGCUCAUGGCAGCACUAGCAGCAAUAGCAGCAGGGAUUUUGCGAAUAUUCCAGGUAAUCGAACGCCGUUUUACGGAAGAGAAUUCCGUCCGGAAAGUCCCAAGAGUACAGAACCAGUUUAUGACAGCAGGGAUUUGCCAAAUGUGUCAGGUAAUCAUCAACACCAGUGGUUCGAUAAUCAUGCAGAAGAAAGAAGAGAAUUCCGUCCGGAAAGUCCGGAAGAAAGAAGAGAAGUCCGUUCACCGAGCACAGGACCAGUUUAUGACAGCAGGGAUUCGCCAAAUGUCUCAGGUUACCAUCAACAGCGCUUCGAAAAUCAUGCAGAAGAAAGAAGAGAAGCUCGCAAGGAUAGUCCACAAAAAGCAGGACAAACUCAAGGCAACAGCAGCGGCAAGGAAUUGAGAAAGCUAUGUGAGGUUUGCUCAGGAAAUCACCAGAUUUGGCACUGUCCCGAAUUUGCUGGCCUUUCUUUGCGUGAGAGGACGGAUUUCGUCGAUAAAAGACCUAUCUGCCCAAAUUGUCUCAAACAUGGUCAUAAGGAAGAUAAUUGUUAUAUGAAAGGUUGUUCUAGAUGUCCAGAGGCACCCAUGCACAAUAUAUUUUUAUGCUCAAUAAUUAGACCUGACCAGGUAACAAAGUAUGCGAGUUCGAAUACAGGUUAUUUGAAACGUACAGGUUGUACAGAUAAUAAAGAUUAUAAAUGUAUACCGCUGAAAAAAAGGUAUUUAAAAUAAGCGGUUAAAACUUAAAACUAUACGACUUUUAUACUUCAUACUUCGUUUGACCUUUUCGAGUACUUAUUUAUUUCCAAUUUUUUAACUCUGUAGUGUAUGAACCUUUUGUAAUACCAACAAAAUAUGGAUCUUUAUAAAUUUUUAUAAUGUGUAUUGUAUAUAAUUCUUGAUUUUUGUUUUCACAGAUAAUAAAACUGAUGAAAUGGGCAGUCAAAAUUAGUUAAUUAUUUUUGUUUCCUU